CCUUCCCCAGGCGAUUCCGCACCGAGUCUAUCAGGAUGAUUACUACGACGGGUACCUAAUUCCGAAGGACUCCACCGUCAUCCUUCCCAGAUGGGCUAUCCACAUGAGCGAGUCCAGAGGUUACAAAGACCCUGAGGCUUAUAACCCGGUGACGAACCAACCCAUCCCCAUCAACUUGACUGCCUAUGAUGAGGGUAUGGCCCAUUGUUCGAAGCCGUUCUCCGUGGUGUUCAAGCCCAGGAGCCAGGACCAUGUCGAUGUUAUCAAGCGUGAGAUGAGUGACGCUCUGGGGUUUUUGAAGGCAUGGGAUGACUAA